GGUUCUUGUGGUAUUCGUCCACACACCAGAAUUGUCGGUGGUGUAGCUGCAAAUCAUGGUUCGUGGCCAUGGCAAGCCAUGUUACGUACCACAUCCGGGUUCCCUUACUGCGGGGGAUCCUUGGUACAUCGUGAAUGGGUGGUAACAGCGACUCACUGCGUCACAGGAAAGAGUCCUAGUAGCAUCUUUAUCAGGUGAAAGAUUUGUUCUCCUUAUUUGUGUUAACACGCACACUCAGGCAUGACCCAGAGGCUACCUGUUAAUAUACAUAUUAGGCCUGUAAAAAGUCAAAGAUAAAUUAUCUUAACAACUGCAAAUUUGAUAUUAACAUACCACUUUAUCUCUUAAGGAUUAUUGUUAACGUUUAAUUUAAAAUUGAACUUUUUUGGGUCAGGUGACAUUUUAAACACUUUCCUUAUUUGAAUAGAAAAAUGAUUAUGGGCUGUAAAGAUGACUCUCUCUCUAGGGUGACCCAGAACGCAUCCAUACAAAAACCGCCAACGUUAUUUAGUCCAUCCUGGAUUUACUGCGUUUUAAUACCUUUAAAGGGUUGUUCUUAAGACUAGGUCUGAUGUUCGUGAGGCUUUUCUUCUUCUAGUUGUUGUUUUUCAGUAUUGAACUGAAGAUUGCUCCCCCUUCAAUUCAGGGAUUACGAUUAUGCACCGCUUUUUGGCCGCCACAAUAGACCGUCGUUCAUGACCUGUUUCACAUCUCCGUCGCUUUUCUGCAAGAUGUCAUCAGACACGUGCCUGGCCAAAGUGUUUAGCCCUCAAAAGCUAUUUGACUUUAAAUGGACACUUGUAAUUAAAUUCCACCACCCAACAUGCCAGGAACCGGAAAUGCGAAAGAUUGCCUCGAAUUGCCACCCACAAAUUUUUCGAUUUUUACUUUUAAAAACUUGAGUUGACGAACUUAUUUGAUUAGUUUCACCGUACUGUAUUGUUUUCUAUUUCGUUUUGUUUGUACAGAGCUUGUUUCACUCAUCUGACUUCUUCCAAUUUGAGUUGCAAUCAAUGUUUAUAGUUCUAUUAUCAAUUGGUUCACUUUGAUAAAGAAAUUAAUGCAAACGUAUAUCGUCAUAGUCACUGGGAGUAUUGUAAACGUUUCCACUGUUCAUUUGAAUGGCAUUUGACACCUCAUAUGACGUUAUCUAUGGAAACCUGUAUUAAGCGGACACUACAGCAUUCCCCCAGGGUGUCCGCUUAAUACAGGUUUCACUGUAUUAAAAGUUUGUUGAGGCUUAAACAACAUAACGUGUACAAGCAAAAAUACUCGUAGCUUCUUUUAUGAGAGGUCUAAGAUCGUGUUUUAUCUAACCCGCUUGAGAACAAGAGAAAUUAGACAGCAAAUUUCAUGCUGGGAAAAUAAAAUAUAUACUUGCCAAGGAUAAUUAAUUUUAUUAUUUAAUGGUUAAUGUCUCAAAAUCAAGCUAGAUAAAAUCAAACUAUAUUUAUUUAAAUCAUAACAAAAAAGCAACUGUUUCCUCGUCAUUUUCGGUAAUAGGUGGGCAAGAGAAGUGGUGGCAGCCCGGAAAUAAAGGGGCGGGAGGGGUGCGGAAGGUGGGAAAGGAAAGGGCGGGAGGUGAAAUAGGGGAAAUCACUCGACAAUGCUUAAUGUUUCGCAAUAGGGGAGCUUAAGAAACCCGGGAAUGCAAGGUAUGGGAGGCCGCAGAUGUUUGAGCCCCCUGCCUCCCUUAUACUAAUAUUUACUGUACGCUUUAGAUUUAAUAAUUUCCUGUAUUAUUGUUUGCAUUUUAUAGACUCGGCGCCCACAGACGUGUUUUCUCUGUCGGCACUGAGCAAGACAUUAGAGUGAGUAAAGUGAUUACACACCCUUCUUACCACGCGCCGUUGAGAUACAGUCACGACAUCGCUUUACUAAAGCUGUCAAGACCAGCUAACUUAACCAAGUAAGUUAGCCUUGAGCAACCUUAAUUUACUACAAUCGCAAAAAGAAAGCAAUGUUCAGACUAGGAAAGCUGGUCAAAUUAAGGCUAAUGCAGAUCGAAAAAUGUCUCUCUUACUUCAAUAAACCUUUGAGCCUGAAGUGUUAAAGGGUUGUUUGUCUUGUUGUCGUGACCAAUACCCGGUAUUGUCAAAAGCCAGAGGAACUGAGCCUGAUAUCAAACAAUAAGAUUACUUUUGAAGCAAGAAAUUUUAACCUCACCUGUGCAGCCUAGCUAAAUCUCUCUGUCUAGAAUUGAGACGAAGUACUGUGGUGUAUUUGUGUGCUCAUUUACAGUUUCCACGAUGACUUGACGAGAGGAGAUGAUUAUAAUUACAACCAUCAUCAUCAUCAGAAUUUUUUAUUUUCUUCAGGUAUGUUAAUCUGGUUUGCCUUCCUCACGCCGUAGCAGCACCUACCGAUGGCACCACAUGCUGGAUCACAGGCUGGGGUCGACUUGCUUCAGGAGGCGCCUCUCCAGAUUAUCUUCAGCAGGUUUCAGUUCCCGUUGUAAGCAGAGCCCGUUGUGAUAGAGCCUAUCCUGGAAAAAUUCACGACUCCAUGAUCUGCGCGGGCCUUGACCAGGGAGGAAUUGACACCUGCCAGGGAGACAGUGGGGGACCGAUGGUGUGUGAAACCGGUGGAAGGUACUAUCUACAAGGCGCCACCAGCUGGGGUUAUGGGUGUGCCAGCGCUGGAAAGUUUGGCGUUUAUGCCAAGGUGAAAUACCUGCUAAAUUGGCUAAAUACCGAAAUGGCGAAGAACUAA